UCCUUCUGCACUCAUUUAUUCAUUUUCUCUGUGGUCCGGAGCUUUCAUCGCGCCUCCUGAAGGGGUGUCUAGAACUGAGGUGUGGGUUUUUUUUUUUUUACUUGUUAGUUGAAAGCAGAAGUAUCGCAGACAAAGAGGUUGAAGACUGUUUGCUGGCCCGCAGCCUUUGUUCACCAUGGCAGUGGCUCUGCCGGCAUGUUACCACGGCGCCAUGUCCAAGAGGGAGUGUGAGGAGCUGCUGGGGAGAAAGAACAAGGAUGGAGCCUACCUGAUCCGAGAGAGCGAGAGCAUCCAGGGUGCCUUGUGUCUGUGUGUCUACAAACAGAGGGUGGUUUAUACCUACAGAAUCCUUCAGGCACACAAUGGAUACUACACCCUCCUGACUGCAGGAGGUUUGCAAGAAACUUAUUUUAAGACCUUGGAUGAUUUAAUCCGGAAUUACAAGAGAAAAAACCAGGGUUUGGCCAUCCACCUAUCCCGCGCAGUGAAAAAGAAAACUCCCUUUUUGAUCCAGCCACCACACAUACAGGACACACAUCCUGAAGAAACGGCACGAGUAUCGAAUGCAGUAUCAGCUAGAGUAUCACCUGGAGUAUCGGCUAGAGCAUCACCUGGAGUAUCGGCUAGAGCAUCACCUGGAGUAUCGGCUAGAGCAUCACCUGGAGUAUCGGCUAGAAAAUCACCUGGAGUAUCGCCUAGAUACACAUCACGAGCAGCUGUUCCUUUACCUGAAGAGGACAAUGACUAUGAGAAUACUGCCUGCUCAGAUUAUGUGGAAGUCCUUCCUGAGUAACUCUCACACAUGUCAUCAAACCAAUUGGAAGGAAAAUUAAGGACAACGAGAACAUGGACUGAACCAUAGUGAGAUGAGGAUUAAUCUAUCUCAUACAGAUCCUUUGUUUUGUGGACUUAGAUUUCUGACUUUUUUAUGUGCUAGCCUCUAAGAAUUUUGGUUGCAUUGGCACACUUCAGAUGGACCUUUUGGAGGUUUUCUCUGUUAAAUGAAUAUCUUUUCCAAGGACAACCGCUUUUUAUGAGUUAUUGACUCUCAUCUGAAUGUUAAGGAGGAACCUCUGUCAAUGUUUCUGCAGCUACGUAUUUGGGCUUCAGUCUUACUGUUGCUUAUGCGCAACUCAUUGCUCAAAGAUCCCCAUUGAUAACCACAGACGUCUUUACCUUUUGGAGGAUAACCUAAAAGUAGCAAUAGUAGUGGUCAAAAAAGAAUUCUUCCAAAAACACAAAAUGUUUGAAGGAAAAAACGUACUGCAUUACUUUACAAUUGCUGCAUUCUAGAAGAAAACCUAGAUACUAAUUGUUCUCUUAUCGAAAUUGCCUUCUAUAAAAAAAGGUAUUUUUGAAAUAUUUAUGCUUUCUGAAAUUCCAUUUGUUUUGUUUUUUUGUUUAUGUGGUGUACAUCUUAAA